GGGGGGGAGGGGGGGGGGGGCACGGGGGAGGUGAAUUGCUCUCACCACGCAGGAGCGGCUUCACAUCAUUGUUUUGGUGUUUCGCUCAUUUCUCUCUCUCUCUUUUUCUUUUCACUGGAACUUUCGCCACCAGUGAGUCACCCCCCCUCCCCUCCCUUCCCUCCCCUCUCCCUUUCCCUUCUUAUUUGAGCUGAUUUGCCACCCUCCCUUUUGAUGGCAGGAGUGUGAUCCCCUACCUCUCUACCGCCCCUUUCCAAUCUCACACGCUCACCCACACAUUUCCCCCCCGGGGGCCUUUGCACACUCCUUCUUCUUCACCUGAUUCAAACAUGGCAGCGCACACACACUUGCCUGUAGGUCUGUGCAUUUCACACACACACAGACACAGGCACAGACGCAUUAUAAUUCUUUAUUACCAUCCUCACAAUUAGCCUUGUAUAUAAACUGUAUAUAUGGCGUGUAUAAAAAGGGACUCUGAUUGUGUGUAAUUGAAUUAAAUGAGUGUUUUACUGUGAGCAUUAAACUGGCACCAGCGCUCCUGUAUAAAUGUCACUCAGCAAGACGCACUUACCCGCCGGAGGCAGACCCGGUUACAUCGGGGGGGGGCGGGCAAUGCUUCAGGGCCUCGCUGAUCGUAGCUGUGGAAAUGUUUGUGGUUAGGAAGGUGUGUAACGGGGUUUUCUCCAUCAGUGUCUGCUAGAGUCGAUAUGAGCUGAUGGGUGCAGAUCUUUGAUGGAGAUUUCUCUAUUUUUAGGAUAUUUGAUAGAGUAUGAAUGCUUAUAGGGGGCUAAAGGAUUCCCAAGCCUACCGUCUAUUCUUAGUGUCAUUGUGCUUUAAUGGGCUGUGAGACUCAACAUUACCUGAGAUAAAAGAUUCACACUCAUUAAUCCGCCUAGCAUGCACAUUUCCUGUUUAUGGGAUGUAAUAUAAGGCUGUAUCAGAGACGAUGCAGAAAGGAGACUAGCGACAGAUCCUGAGUCUAUUGACUCCAAUGGGAGAAGUGAACGUGAACACAGUUUGUGACCAUAGUUACCUAAGUAUAUGUUUCACAAGCCACAUAUCAUCUACACAUUCUGACGCUAAAAUGCCUUUUAUUUUGUCACAAUGGAGAUAAUUUGCUUUGUUCGAGAUCUUUUCUCUGUCUCUCCGAGAUCUGGCAACUAACGCCCGAUAAGCUAACUCAUUUAAAUAUGGCUGUUCCUGUUAGAUGUGUAAAUAUCUAAUGUUAUCAAACCUCAAGUUUCACCACCCAAAAACUACAUUUUACAGAACAACAUGAUAACGUUCAUCAUACUAUCAUAAUGCAACCUCUGUACGUUAUUUAGCCGAGCAGGACCGCACGCUUUCAGAAUUUUGGCACCAAUCCGUUACCGGAGGAGGCUUCUCGUGACGUCCCGAAUAACUAGCAAGAAUUCCACCCUCAGAAUUUGGUUCGGCAUCCCACGCUUUGGUUAUCGACCCGUGACUAUAUCUCGGCUCAUUUGGGAAUAAGAGCUCAGAACCCUUCAUCUAAAAGCCUCGACGGACGCACCGCCUGCUAAUCGAUAUGGCUCUGAUGUUUCUCUGAGGGGGGAAUCCCUGUUGUCUUUUUUUUCCGGUCAUUCCUUUCUUCUCGUCUCUUCCUCUCAAGGCUCUCCGCCAUCCCCCCGUGACAGCUAGCCAACGAAACAAGCCGCAAUCUGCUUCCAAACGAAAUGUUUUUUCGACUUCACUUUCCUCCUCCUUGCUCCUUGUUCUCUACCUCAUUUUCAUUCUGUCCUCCCUUCACAGUGUCCUUCACCCUUGCUCGUGUCCUUAAACUCCUCUGUACUAUCUCCAUUCCCUUUAUUCUUCUGUCCCUCGGCAUCUUUCCUAUUUUUUUUUUUUGCUCUCUGCAUUACCCCAUUUCUUUCUUUGAUUUUUUUCAUUACUUAGGAAAUGAUGUAAUUCUCUGUAUUGGACCCUCUUCUGUUUGUGUCCCAGUGUUGUUGGAACUUUUUUCUUUUCAAGUGCUUACUUCAGGGACAUCUUUUAACUCCACUCGUUCUCUCUCUCUCUCACUGUGUCUCACACUCCUCCAGGAGGAGUUGCGGGAGCUGAGGGAGCAGCCCAUCGACCCGCAGGCGGAGCAGGAGCUCAUCGAGAGCAUCGAGGAGGUCUACUUCUCUACCGACUCCUUCGAUAUGGUGCAGCACGAGCUGGAGAAACUACCACCUGAGCUGAACCUGCAGGAGCUGGAGGAGUACAGGGACAAGCUGAAGAGACAACAGGCAGCAGUUUCUAAAAAGGUCGCCGAUCUUAUUCUGGAGAAACAGCCGGCUUAUGUCAAGGAACUGGAGCGAGUGACUGCGUUACAAACCAACCUGCAGCUGGCAGCGGUCAUUUGCACUAAUGCAAGGAGGCAACUGACCAUGGCGAAGGAGGGAUUCACAGAAGCCAGCUUGGGUCUAUUGUCCAAUCAGAGGAGGCGACAGCUGCUGACAGGCCUGCUUAAGUCUCUGAGGACCAUCAAGACACUGCAAAGAACAGAUGUAAGACUCAGCGAGAUGCUUGAGGAGGAGGACUAUCCAGGUGCAAUCCAGCUCUGUCUGGAAUGUCAAAAGGCUGCCAGCACCUUCAAACACUACAGCUGCAUCAGCGAACUCAAUUCCAAACUACAAGACACUCUGGAGCAAAUAGAGGAGCAGCUUGACGUCGCCCUGUCGAAGACUUGUAAGCACUUUGAUGUUUCGCACUACACCAAGGUCCAACUGGCCUACACGCUGCUGGGCAAGACACAGACUGCUAUGGACCAGCUCCACAUGCACUUCACCCAGGCCAUCCACAACACGGUGUUCCAAGUGGUGCUGGGAUAUGUGGAGCUAUGUGCCGGCAACGCCGAUACCAAGUUCCAGAAGAUGCAGUACAAGGACCUGUGCACGCAUAUCACCAUGGACAGCUACAUUCCCUGCCUGACAGAUCUGUGCAAGGCAUUGUGGGAGGUGAUGCUCAGCUACCACCGCACCAUGCAGUGGCACGAGGAGCAGGACAGGCAUGAGACCACGCCCACUGCAGAUGGUGCCGCGGCAGCAGAGUCUGAUGAGUCUGUGGUGGACCGCAGCUACGUGAAGAAGAAGCUGGAGCACGGACUGACACGGAUCUGGCAGGACGUCCAGUUGAAAGCGAAGGCCUACAUCCUGGGGACUGACAUGUCGAACUUCAAGUACGACGAUUUCAUAGUGGUGCUUGAUGUCAUCAGCAGGUUGAUGCAGGUGGGCGAGGAGUUCUGCGGCAGCAAGUCGGAGGUCCUGCAGGAGUCUAUCAAGCGCCAGAGUGUCAACUACUUUAAAAACUAUCACAGGGCACGACUGGAAGAGCUGAGGAUGUUUCUGGAAAAUGAGACGUGGGAACUUUGCCCAGUGAAGUCUAACUUUAACAUCGCCCAGCUCCAUGAGUUUAAGUUCAUGGGCCAGUGCCGCUCUCCGUCUGUUUCCCCGAGCAAACGGGCCGCGUCCUCGACCAGCACGGCUCAGGACGAGCUCUCUCUGUUCCAGCAGUACCUUCAGGAGGGAAACCCCUUCGAGAUGCAUGCUGAGAACAAAGAGGAGGAGACGGAGGAUGUGCUGGCAUCGAACGGGUACGAGUCAGACGAGCUGGAGAAGAGUGUGUACCAAGAUUACGACAGUGACAGCGAUGUCCCUGAGGAGCUCAAGCAGGACUAUGUUGACGAGCAGACGGGUGAUGCCCCCAUCAAGAGUGCGUCCCGAGAGACCAUAAGAAGCAAGAAAAAGUCCGACUACAACCUGAAUAAGACCAAUGCACCAAUUCUCACCAAUACCACCCUCAAUGUCAUCCGGCUUGUCGGGAAGUAUAUGCAGAUGAUGAACAUUCUGAAGCCGAUCGCCUUCGAUGUCAUCCACUGUGUGUCGCAGCUCUUCGACUACUACCUGUACGCCGUGUACACUUUCUUUGGACGCAAUGACAUGCCUGUCCCAAGCCCGUCUCUGCCAACUCACGGUGGCAGAGACGCGGGCCCUGCCAGGGUGGUGGGCCCUGCUUGCUUGUAUGAGUCAUCGGGUCUGGGCCUUAUCAGCAGCAGACUGAGAACCACACUGAACCGGAUCCAGGAGAGCCUCAUUGACAUGGAGGCAGUGGGGGAGAAUGUAACGGUCCACAGUGCAGCAGAGGACAGAAAGGAGAAGGUGCCGAGCCCCCAUCUCAGCCAACUGGUGGUCCUCACUAACGGUGGGACUCUUUAUGGGCUCGCACAGAGAGUGGUGGCCACUGAGUCUCUUGUGUUUCUGGCCGAACAGUUUGAAUCCCUCCAGUCCCACCUGGACACAAUGAUGCCUGCAGCAAAGAAGCCUUUCCUGCAACAGUUUUAUUCCCAGACGGUGUCUACAGCCAGCGAACUUCGGAAACCAAUAUACUGGAUUGUUGCAGCAAAGGCCAUCGACUACGAACAAAUGUUGCUCCUGAUGGCUGGCGUUAAAUGGGACAUCAGAGAGAUAAUGUCGCAGCAUAAUGUGUAUGUGGACGUCCUGUUAAAGGAGUUUGAGCAAUUUAACCAGCGGUUGCAGGACGUUUCCAGACAUGUGCGCAUCCCGCUGCCGGUGUCCAACGUGCUGUGGGAGCACUGCAUCCGCCUGGCCAACAGGACUCUAGUAGAAGGCUAUGCUAAUGUGAAGAAAUGCAGCAACGAGGGCCGGGCCCUGAUGCAGCUGGACUUCCAACAGUUCCUCAUGAAGCUGGAGAAGCUGACCGACCUGCGACCCAUUCCUGAUAAAGAGUUCGUUGAGACCUACAUCAAGGCCUAUUACCUUACUGAGAAUGACAUGGAGCAGUUCAUCAAGAAUCACAGGGAGUACUCCAUGAAGCAGCUCGCCAACUUGGUGAACGUUUGUCUGGGUUCACAUAUAAACAAGAAGGCUCGCCAGAAACUCCUGGCGGCCAUCGAUGACAUUGACAGACCCAAGAGAUAGUUCGAUGAACGGACCCUGAACGUAUCCACCAGACGGACACUCCAACCGAAGAACUCCCACAGUGGAGCUCAGCGUCGAAUGUUUUCAUAUCCUGUUCACAGCGUAAAUGUUGCGGUGUGUUCAACAAGCUGUACAGCACAUACAUGCAGCAAAGCUCAAAUGUUAGCCAGAUGCUAGUUAUCGCUUAGUAUACAGCCCUUAUGGAGUCACAACACAAGACUAACAUAUUCACUCUCGAGCAUGGUGCAGUUACUCUAUGCUUACAGUAGAUGUACCAUAAAGCAUGCCCUUACAUUUUCAUUUAACCGCUCAAGUUUUCCUGCAAAUCGUCCGCAACCACAACCUUUUCAAUCUCCUCCAUGACCAUAAGGAUCUUGAGUUUCUGAUAAAAACUUCUACAAAAACAGGAUCUAACCGUGUUAAUGUGAAGUGAAGCACUCCAUCUGUUUUCACCAGGUGUGCUCAACAUCUGAUACAACCAAUGAUCUUGAGAUAACAAGUGAUUUCUGAGUUGCUAAAUUUGAUAGUUCAGUGAAGUUUUGUGGUAAAUACAUCCAAAGUACAGAUCCAAUAAGAGUCUGUAGUAGUAAUAAACCUCCACUAUCUAAUUUAAAGCUUGAUUGAAUGUCUCCCCCCCCCAAUGGAGAUGCAGUAAAUCAGGGUUAUUGUUCACUUUAAUCAUUAAUUAGUUCCUCCUCCAGCAGCCCAUAUGUUUGCUGUGUAUUAUUUCACUUCAGGGUAUUUGUUGUGCCUGAUUGGAUGCUCCGCUUGUUUGUUUCGUUUGUUUUGUCCAUGAAUUACGUAAAUCUAAUAUAAUGAUGAUUCUGAAAAUAAUAUAAAUUGCUGUAAUGAGCGUUGAUAUAGAGUAUAUAUCUGCACUAGCUGCAUUCGUCGUAUCCGAGGAGCACUUUGUGAAAGAGCUUAUCUUUGAAUUCAGUCUCCGGCCUUCUUGAUCAGCAGUGAAAGCUGUUUCGUGGGUUUGUGCGGUCAGAUACUGAUUAUGUGAUUUAUCAUGAGUUAGUAGUUUAACUGUGAUUGAUUUCCUGUCAAGGGGGGGGGGGGGUUUAACAGUUUUUGAUAUGGCUUCAAAUUAUGAUUGCAACUAUUCCAAGAAAAAUACUGUAAAUGUGAAUGUUUGGAACAAUGUCUGUAUUUAUUUCUUGCUUUGUGUCUUGUUUGGGUUUUUAUAUGAUAUUCGCUGGAAGUGUAUUUUGUCAUUUAUCACCUCCCAGUAUGUUGUAACUUAUCAACUGAAGCUGAUAGAAAUAUUUAAACAUUGUCAAAUUAUGUAAAGGGUCAAUUACACUAGAGUGAAAAUCAGUAAUCGGUGUUAGAACUGUAGGUUGAAGCAAAAAAAAAUGAUUCUGACAUAAUAAAACACACUAACAAUGGACUCUGUUAUUCUUACAUGUGCCACUCAUAAACUGCAUAAUCUAUAAAUCAUAUCCAAACUUUAAAAUCUCUGUGCUGCAGCAGUUUAUCAGAAUAUGAGUGUUGCCUUCCAGCAGCGCUGCUGUCCGUCCUAAUGAUGCUUUUCUCAGCCAGGAGCCGGACGCUGUCAGAUUAAUUCAUGUGGCUUCAAGCCCUCUGCCUCCCUUUAAGGGAGGAGCCUGCUGAUCAGGUUGAGCUGAAAGAGCUGCGAAGGACUUUGAUGACUCACUGUUUUGUAUAAUACGACCUUUCUACCAACUAUGUGAUCAAGCUGAAGCUAUUCUUCCUCAAGUGGACUACCAUCCACACCUGUGCUGUGUGUGUGUAAUCACACAGGUGACUUGGCCUACUGGCUACUUUACAUAUAGACAACUUCACAUUUAGGGAAAGAGCAAAAUAACCUAAUUUGUCAUGUACUAUUUUUUUAUCAUCAGAUAAACCUGGACAAAACGAAUCAAACAUCUGAAAAUUAGUUCACAUCCGGGCUCCUGUGUGGAUCUAGUCUGACCUUUAGUUUAUGUUUUUCGCAGUUAGUGUGGCAGUAUUUGACUAUUUGAACCUUGUGUGCUGCUUUUUCUUGCAGAGCUUUCUUCACCCUCCCGCCCUCGAACCUUCACCGCUGCUCUCGCCGUCCUUGCCCGACUCAUUUGGGUGCCCAGCUGGAUUGUACCCCUCCUGCGAUGCCGUGGCCCAGUUACCCUUUCAGAUAAAAGACCAGGUGCUCUUUGCCCCUGUGUUUUUGCCCCUCUGCCAAAAUGUCAUGAGCCUAGUUCAUAGAAAUCGCAAACACUGACCUACAUGGCCUCUGUUCCCGCACUGUCUGAUGUGCAUUCACAAAGACUUCAUUCAUGUCUACUUAUACACAUGUAAUGGAGAACAAUUGCUGUUAGCGCCUAUUAGUAAUGUUUAAUUUGCAUGAUGAUUGACAAGACAAGAUGCGACAGUGGAGGGGCAGAGGGUAAAAGUAAUUGUGGCAACAAGAGGAGAUGCUGAUGAGAUGUGCUGGUUGUAC